CAUAUAGCGAGCGCCUUUGUUUCUGUUCGCAGCCUUAUUGGAUCAGCUUAAUUCCUAUUGGAUGGGAUCGAAUUCUAAUAAUUCGCGAAGGGAAAAUCCAAUUCCGGUUCCAGUUGGACUCAGUUCUCAUUGUUUCCCCGCUACUGCUGCUGCCGUUUGGUAAGCACCAAGAGUGUUGAUCCCUCGUGCUUGGUGGAAGCAAUAAUUACAAGGCCCGCCACCCGCGCUGUUCACUCACCAAUCGCAGUACUGUUGUGGAAAUCUUCGAGUGCGGUUGUGGAUUCAGUGGUGAUCGACAGGGCCGUUCGUUGCUACAUAGAAGUUGAUCCAGCAUUCUUCGGAGAGUGCCGUAUGUGUUCAUGAAUUUUCAAGAAAAAGAUUCCUCGACAUUGAACCGUGUGAUCUUUCAUUCGUGGCUGCAGUCAAAGUGCGUUCAUGACCAUUUUGGAUCAGUUUAUGUGGUUGUAGCAGAUUUCUAUUAAAUUAACUACUAUUAACGUAUUAUCGGUAUCUUUGAAAGCCAUGGAAAACGGGUGGACGAUCUGUGAUUCCGUGCACGGCAAAGUAACGUACCCAGCAUACGUACAAGAAAUAGUCGAUACGCUGGAAUUUCAACGCCUUCGAAACCUCAAACAGCUCGGGACCAGCUCGAAAGUGUUUCCCUCUGGCACCCACACUCGGUUCGAGCACUGCCUAGGGGUUUGUUAUUCCGCUGAUAAGCUUUUGAAAACGCUGGAACGAAACUCCGGUGUGCAGAUAAGUCUCAUACAUCGAAAGUGUGUUGUCUUGGCCGGUUUGCUACACGACAUUGGCCACGGGCCAUUCUCUCAUAUGUGGGAGGAAUUUGUAAACAGAGGCAGUGAUAAGCAUUGGACGCACGAGCAAUCGUCUAUCGAAAUGGCGUGUCAGUUGUUCGCGAACAACGGAAUCAAAUUGUCUCUGGAAGCACCUGAGCAUUACUACGCCGAACAGUUGAUCUGUGCUUUGAUAACCGGUAAUCAGGAGGCUCUCAACACUUUGCUGACGCCGGAUACUAUGUACCUCUCGGAGAUUGUACACAAUAAGCGCUUCAAGAUCGAUGUGGACAAAUGGGACUACUUGUUACGAGAUUUGUUUUACUUGGGUAGUGCCGUUCAGAUUCGGACGGACUUUGUGCGCCUAUUCGACCAUGCACGGGUAGUACGAGAUGAUUCAGGUACCACUCAUAUUGGUUACCGGGCUAAGGACUAUCGUGCGAUAGUGGCUUUGUUCGAAGCACGUACCAAACUGCACAUCGAAUGCUAUCAGCAUCCUACAAUACUGGGUUUGGAAAAUAUGGUGAUCGACGCUUUAACAUUGGCGGAAGAAGCUGGAUUCAGAUUGAAAGGAACAAAAAUCUCCGAAGCCCACCAAUCGCCGGAUGUUUAUCUGUACCUGGACGACAGCAUCGUUAACCUGAUAGAAACCAGUAGCGAAAGUUCGAACCUCCAGGCCGCCCAGCAAUUGUUUGCGCGCAUCCGAAGUCGACAGUUAUAUUCCCGAAUUCACGAAUCGACCGAUGGAUCAUGCGACGAAGAAGUCGAAGAACUUAACAAACGUUUUGGACCAGAGGGGUUCUUCCAGGUACGGAAGCGAAUUCCAUUCGCCAGCCAGAUGGCCCCGCGGAAUGUGCCACUGUAUGAAUUGGUUGAUAACGAACCUCGACUGAUUGAAGGAAACGAAAUUGUCGAAAAUGUCAUGAAUAAUCUCGAUGAACAAGGAUUCUACGAACAGUACAUUGUGUAUUGCAAAAGCACAAUUCCCAAUGUGAUCAAUAGCGCUCGCGAGUACCUGAAUAGCAAGUCGACAAACCAACCCGUGUAGUAAUAAUAGAUAUUAAUGAGCUUAGCACGCGUUUCGAGAUUUUAUAAGUAUUUUUUAUGUCUUUUUGGAUGUUGUUUUUUAUUAUUUUUAUUUUUCACAUUAGUUUGAGAUAUUUUGUUUUAUUUGGAUGAGUUCUGAAUGUACUUAAUUUUCAGUUAUCAAAUUUUAUGUAGUGUUGAUAAAUAAUUCAAGUAAUGUCAUCAGGUACCGUGUAUCAUUAAUUUCAAAACCGAUACCAAAGGUUUUUUUUGUUUAAAUAUUUUUAUUUAGUUUUAGCUGUGGUAUGUUUACGUGUCAAUCAAAAUAAGCUAUAUAAGGUAGAUUACAUUGUUUUGAAUCGUA